AACCCCGUUUUCGAUGAAGUGCUACAGUGUUGCAGGAAAGUGAAAAUAUCUUCAAGCGACAGUUGAAGUCGUCCAUGUACUGGUUGGUACUGAUUAAACAGCCAGCUAGAUAGUGCCAACAAGAUCAGAGAGUACUUGUUAGAUCGAGAGACCGACUUGUCUUCACAUAAAAUCAACUUUAAAAAGGACAGCCAGUAUAAUGUUUUAUUCAAAUGCAUGGACUAAGUGCUUGAUAUGCCUCAUCUUUUUAACAAGUGGAAAUGCCGAGUGUCCCAAACCUCAAGUAGAGGGAAAUGUUGUUCUAACGAAUGAUGCGCUAUUAAUGAACAAUUUUCCGGAGGGGGAGGAAGCCACUUUUGAGUGUGCCAACGGCUACUUGAAAGAGCAAGGAUCUGAAAAUAUCACCUGCACGAGUGGAAAGUGGAGCACGCUCGAAUUAACCUGCAAAAAGAAGGACUGUGGUGCCCCCAGGAAGAUGCCACAUUUGACAUAUGAGUUUAAGGAAGGCACGCUUUUUGGUGCAUCAGCAAGAGCAAUCUGUGAUAAAGGUUAUCAACUUAUGGGCCCAAGUUACAGGCAGUGUUAUGCCACAGGUUGGAGUGGAAGACCAAGAUGUAAAGUGGUAACUUGCGAUAAACCUCCUGAGAUAAUGCAUGGCACGAUCAUAGAGAAGCCUGGCGAAGAGUUACCAGAGUAUGGUGGUGUCAUACAGUACUCCUGUAAUGAAGGUUACACCCUCAUUGGAAACAAAUCAAUUGAGUGCAUUGAAGAUGGUGAAUACAACUCAUUACCUCCUGAAUGUAAAGAUGUCAAUGACAUUCUUUUGAAACCAACAACUAUAUCAACAUCAUCAGUAACAACAACACCGACUGUUCUACCCACAAUACGAGUAACAACAACAUCGACUGUUCCACCCACAAUACAAGUAACAACAACAUCGACUGUUCCACCCACAAUACGAGAUGUCAAUGACAUUCUUUUGAAACCAACAACUAUAUCAACAUCAUCAGUAACAACAACAUCGACUGUUCCACCCACAAUACGAGAUGUCAAUGACAUUCUUUUGAAACCAACAACUAUAUCAACAUCAUCAAUAACAACAACAUCGACUGUUCUACCCACAAUACGAGUUUCAGGGAGGAAUAAUGGCGUUGGGGAACAUGACACCAAUGCAGCUACUGAGAAUGCAGCAGUUGUGGGAAGUGGGAUCGGCACUGUCAUAAUUUCACUUAUUGUUAUUGUGCUGAUUACACGGUAUUGUAAGAGGAAAGGCUCGUACCAGUUUGGAGAAGACCGAAGUCGAACAGAGGAAUUAUUACAAUUUCAAAAUAACUAAGUUGAAUGCCUACCCAAGGUACCUACAGUUCAUACAUAUCAUUAUAUUAAAACCAUUAUUCAAGUCUCACUCAUAUGACUAUACGGUUUGUGUUAGUCUUUGAGCUUGAGUAAUCUAAAUAGUGACACUAUUGUUAAAACUGCUCCGCUGAGUCAAUGCUUUGUCUAAAAUGUCUCAUUUCUUUCCAGGGCUAGGACUGCACCUAUCUGCUAGUCUGCAUCUGUAGCCUUGAAAAGUAGUGCCAGCGGAUUGUUUCUCUUUUAUUAAGUUGUUUUUGAAAGUCAGUUCAGCGGAAAUGUUUUAACCCAAUGUUUGAAAACCGGUAUUGAAACAUUUUUUUUCUCUAUUUAUAUACAAAACUGAAAUAUACGUAAUUGUCUUUUCAACUGCCAUAUUUGACUACAGGCUGCUAGCUUGCUCUGUUGUGUGGGCAGAAGCCCCUGUAAUGAGAUUAGUGCACUAAACAAAAUGUAUGAUUGAGGAAAUCCCCAGGCUGAUAAUCACUGACCAUUUCUAAAUGUGUGCUUACUGAUCGUGGCUCACAGGAAAAUAACAGUAAGAGACAUUUCCUGGACCCAGGUUAAGCCUACAGCACUGUAUUCCUUUUCAAGUAGGCUUAAUCUGGGUCCAGGAAACCAGCUCUUCAUGUUAUUUUCCUGCAGUCCCAAAUGUCACAAAAUAACGUCAAUCUUAUUUACUUAGAGGUUUUGUACUUAGAUUUUAUUGUAUGUAUUUUGUGAUUUAAGAGAUCAAAUAAUUUUCAUGAUAACUGCCUUCUCAUUCUUUGAGACAUGUGUAAAUAUGUGUAACGAAUGUCGUCGGGAGAAAGAGAGGACCAAAGCGCAGCGUUGUAAAUGUUCAUAAUUGUAAUUAAAGAAAGCACUGAACACUGAA